AUGGGCAAGGAGGAGCACGAGGUGGCUGUCCUGGGGGCUCCCUACAACGCUGCACCCAUGGCGUCCACCGUGAUCAACAUCCACAGUGAGACGUCCGUCCCCGACCAUGUCGUCUGGUCCCUCUUCAACGCUCUUUUCCUCAACUGCUGCUGCCUGGGCUUUGCUGCCUACGCCUACUCUGUGAAGCACACUAACUUCAAGACCCCACCCACAGAUGGGUGCUUAGCUGUGGCAGCUGACAACGUGAGCAUGAAACAGGAGGACUGA